GAGCGAGGGGGGAGGGGCGAGGCACGCGCUCCGGAGGCCGGGUGGCCCAGGGGCGGCCCCCGAACGCCCCUCGUAUUCCCUGCUGGAAGUGGCCGCGGCGGGCGGCAGAGGGCCGGAGGGUCGCGCCGCGGACCCCCCCAUCUCGACAGCGGGAGGGUGUGUCAGCCCGGCCCCCCCCCCCCCGCCCGCCUCGUACCAGAGGGUGGAGGGGGGGGGUGUUGCAAGAAGCGGCGGCGGCGGCGGCGGCAAGAGGAGGAAGUGGCCACGGAGGCGGCGGCUGAGAAUAGCGGGCUUCCAGCGGCGGCCCGGAGGAGAGGGAGUGUUCUUUUUUUUCUGAAUCUCGGUUCUUCUUUUGUGAGCGGAGAUCGCGGCUGCGUGAACCUUGGGGACUCGCUCUCGUCGAUAGCGACUGCGUGAAUCUUGGGGAUACAGGCUCGCCCGCUUCGGUACCCACCUCCUCUGCAGCACCCCCAUCGAAAGACGAAGAUGCAGACCUUUUUGAAGGGGAAAAGAGUUGGUUACUGGCUGAGUGAGAAGAAGAUCAAGAAGCUCAAUUUCCAGGCCUUUGCCGACCUGUGCAGGAAAAGGGGCAUAGAAGUCGUGCAGCUCAACCUUAGCAGACCAAUUGAGGAGCAGGGCCCACUGGAUGUGAUCAUACACAAACUGACUGAUGUCAUCCUGGAAGCUGAUCAGAAUGAUAGCCAAUCCUUGGAGUUGGUUCACAGAUUCCAGGAAUAUAUUGAUGCUCAUCCGGAGACCAUUAUCUUGGACCCCCUCCCUGCCAUUAGGACCCUUCUAGAUCGAUCCAAGUCUUAUGAACUUAUUCGAAAGAUUGAAGCCUACAUGAAAGAUGAAAGGAUCUGUUCCCCACCCUUCAUGGAGCUCACUAGCUUAUGUGGAGAAGAUACCAUGCAGCUUCUGGAGAAGAAUGGACUGGCUUUCCCAUUCAUUUGCAAAACCAGAGUGGCCCAUGGAACCAACUCUCAUGAGAUGGCCAUCAUCUUCAACCAGGAAGGCCUCAGUGCCAUCAAGCCCCCUUGUGUGAUUCAGAACUUCAUCAAUCACAAUGCUGUCCUGUACAAGGUGUUUGUGGUGGGCGAGUCCUACACUGUGGUACAGAGACCUUCUUUGAAGAACUUUUCUGCGGGAAUGUCAGACAGAGAAUCAAUAUUCUUUAACAGCCACAAUGUGUCAAAACCAGAGUCCUCAUCCGUCCUGACAGCACUGGACAAAAUAGAAGGUGUGUUUGAGAAGCCCUCGGAUGAGGUCAUCAGGGAGAUUUCCAAGGCUCUUCGGCAAGCACUUGGUGUAUCACUGUUUGGGAUCGACAUCAUUAUCAACAACCAGACUGGACAGCAUGCAGUCAUUGAUGUCAAUGCAUUCCCAGGCUAUGAGGGUGUGACUGAGUUCUUCACUGAUCUCUUGAACCACAUAGCUACAGUCCUGCAAGGCCAGAACCUGGAGGCAACCCCACUCACCCACAACAAGAUCCUGGCUGACCCGUCUGGUGGUCUAGCAGGCGAGCGGACACGUGGCACCAGUACAGGCUGCUGCAGCAGCAUGAUGGGCAAAGACUCCUCCUGGAUUGUGGAGAAUGAGACCAACAGCUCGGUGAAGCUGCAGCACCAGAGACUAGGGUGCAACACUUCUGUGUCCCCCAGCUUCCAACAGCACUGUGUGGCAACGUUGGCCACCAAAGCAUCCUCCCAAUAACUGGUGGCACCAUGGACCAGGGCACAAGCAAAGGGCCCACCUAGAAUCACGAUAAUGAGUCAAGCAGCUUAGAAGAGUUCCACCUACUACUACAAAUUUCCAUUGAUUAUUUUUUUAACCUGAUUUCCUGAUGCAGUGAUCUAAAAGGGAGGGGGGGGGGGAGAACCCACAGUGAUCAGAGCGGGAGAAAAUGGGAUGUUUCACCCACUUCCAUUUGCAAAUUUUUUAACACGUUUACACACACUUGUGUUAUCAACACUAGACCUUAAUGUGUGGGAUGAUUGUUUUUGUUUUGGUGAUUUAUUUUGUGUGUAUGUGUGUCUGUUUCUGUGUGUGUGUGUGUGUGUGUGUGUGUGUGUGUGUGUGUGUGUGUAAAAGUAUAUGCAGUUAUUCCCUCUUUAUAAACUAUAAUUGACCACCGUGGGCCAACCUGUGAGACCUUUAACGAGUUACUUCAUCUGUCUAGGCUUUAGAUUCCUCAUCUAUAAAUUAAUGGUAUUAGGCUCAGUCUCUAAGGUCUUUUCAGCCCAUAUGAGUGUAUGUCUUAAGUGCAGACCUCCUGGAAUGAGAGGCCAAGGUUGGCAUCGUAUGUGAAUGUCAUAAUUUAAAGAGAGGUUUCAAUUAUUAGAGAUGGUUUCAUCUUCUCUUUAUAUUUCCCACCUGCACUUUUAGUGGUAGUCCCCACUUCCUCCUUUGAGGCCAGUCCCCCUUUUGCUUAUUAUACAAUCUCAGUAGGAAAAUGAUUAGUACAGUGUGCCCCAAAGCCACCUCUGCCCAGAAAGAUGAGCAUAUGGCAUUUGCCCUCUCUGCCCUGCCCUAACUCAGAGAGAGAUGACCUAGAAUGACCUUCGGAGGUUCUAUGGUGUGUGUGUUUCUGUAGGAGGUAUGCCUCUGAGUACACCAUUUCAGGAACGGGGAGACAUAAGCAAUCUUCCAAGCUCUACUUUGGAAUGGUUUAUAGACUGGUUGAUUCUAGUGCCAAGUGAAAGCCUCUGGCUGCCCUCUGCACACCCAGCCAGACCCAUCACUCAACAGUGGCCCAGCUCUUCCACUAACUUUUUGUAUGAUCUUUUCAAAGUCAUCUUCCUUUUCUGCACUCUUUGGCCAAGGAUGAUCUCUUUUAAGAGUCACUCUAGCCAUGAAAUGUUAGGAUUCUACGAAGCAUUCUUAGAUCUUGAAUAAGUGGGGGGAGAUGAAGGAUCUCCUGAGCUGAGCAUAUUCGAGGACUUCUAGGUUUGAUUUUUUUCCCAUAGACCCUGAAAACAAGGCUGAAAACAUUGUCAGGGUCAUCAAUCUUAAUGGUACACAUCAUAAACCAGAGCAUGGUGUGGCUAAUGUUGACCCCUUGAAAGCUUUUUGGCAGAAUCCAUGAAUUCUACCUUGUAGCCUACAGCAUUUCAAUCCAAUAUCUGCCAUACUUUGUUCUUGCAACUCCCAAAUACUAAGUUGACUGUCAGAGAUUUGAUUGUCAAGAAGGAAUUGAUUGUGUCCCCCUGUCUCCUCUGUACAAGGUCUAGGAACAGCCCAAAAGAAUACUCUCUCUUUGACAGGCAGCCAAACUAAGAUCACACUGUAAAUCACUGUUUCACAGUUCAAACUAUACUGAAAACAAGCAAAAUUCUUGAAUUCUCUUUUGUAAUCAGCUCUCAUUCCCCCUGAUCUCUUCAACCUUGGAACUUUGUCCAGGCCAAGUAGGCAGAGCAAAGGGCUAGAGUGGUUGGUAGAAGAUGAGGGACACAAGGAAGAAGAAGAAUCCUUUUUCUAGCUUAUAAGUUAUUAAAAAAAAAAAUAAGAACCUUGAGUGUUAAAAGUUUUGUGGACCAUUACACAUGUAUUUU